AUGCAUACCGGACAAUAUACGGACAUAUCCAUUAAAAUGUUACACUUUCUGCUAAAACUCACUGGAAUCUCGGUGACGACGAACGACAUCGAAGAACGUGGAAGGAAAUUCGCGGUAGUCUACACCAUCGUUGCACUCGUUUAUGGCGUGUAUGUGAAUGUCGCCGACAUUUAUCAUAGUAUGGAUGAUUUGGACCAUUGUAUCUUUUUGACAUCUAACACAUUGAACAUAGUCCUAGCGAUGUUCAAACUUUCGGUAGUAAGUUUUUAUAGAACGGAAUUCUCGGACAUAAUUCUAUACGCACAAAAACAUUUCUGGCAUCUCGAUUAUAACCACAAUGAGAAGCUACUUUUCGCGGAGUGUCGAAAGAUUUGCACUAUGUGGACCAUAUUUCUUGUCUUCGUUACUGAAGCUGCUUUGUCCUUCUAUGCAAUUGUCCCGAUCUGUGGUAAUAUUGGAAAUAAUAAAUCGAAUAGAGUACUUCCAGUCAGCAUGUGGAUCAAUCUACCGCAAAACGUGUCACCUUAUUACGAAAUAAUGUUCACCACCCAGGUACUGGCAGUACAACAUAUUGGCGUAAGCUUCGUAGGUCCUGAGAACGUCUUAUGCGUGUUGAAUCUGCACGUGGUCUAUCAAUUUCGUAUGCUGCAAAACACUUUAUUGAAUUUAUGGUCAGACAUCGACAAGGAGACGGAUAUUGUCGCUUACUCGAACAAAUGCUACGAAAUUCUGAAGAAAUGUAUCCAAAAGCAUCAGUCGUUAAUCGAAUACAGCGCUAAACUCGAGGACAUCUUUACACUGCCGAUCCUCAGCACUAUGGUUAUCUUUAGCGUGCUGAUGUGUUUCGACACGUACGAGAUGAUACUGGGAGACAUACCUACCGGGACGCGCCUUACUUUUGUUUUCCACAUGCUCGGUAUCUUCUUCUAUAUCAUUUUCUUCACAUACAUCUGCCAUGGUUUAGUAGAGGAAAGCUCGAAUAUCAGCAUGGCAUUGUAUUCAGGAUGGUGGACAAUAUUGCCAAUGAAUGAAUCUGGAAAAAUGAUGCGAAAAGACAUGAACAUAAUAAUGAUGAAGUCAAUGCGACCGUGUCAUCUCACUGCCGGAGGUUUCUUCCCUGUCAUCAUGGAAACGAGUACCACGGUGAUAAGCACAACAAUGUCAUACUUCGCUCUUAUGAGGGAGUCAUCUUUGAGAGCAAAAGAGGGUAACUGAUUAUGAACACACACAU